AUAAGAAAAGUUGAAAACUGCGCAAACCCAAGGAGACCAAUCUGCUUUGUAUUUCCUGGAACAGAAGUUGAGUGGCGUAGCAUAGAACUGAUGAAACUACCAGUGUUUGCAAAGGCAAUAAAGAAAUGUAAUGAAACAUUAAAGCAGCGGGAUAUAUGUGUUACGGAUAUUAUAAAAAACAAAAAUAAAACUACCAGCAAUAGCAUCGUAGAAUCAUUUGUAGCAAUCAUUGCCAUACAGAUUGGAAUAGUGGAUAUCUUAACACACAUUGGUAUUCUAUCCGAUUACACGAUAGGUCAGUCUAUUGGCCAACUUAUAUCCGAAUAUGUUGAUGGACGUUUCACUAUCGAGACAACAAUUUUGACGGCAUCUUUCAUAGGCACGGCGUUUGAGCAGGCCAUGUCUCAGGUUGAUGACAUUACUACGAAUCAAGGCAACUAUCUUGAUGUUGUUAGAUCAAAACUCUUGGAGCAUCUCUACCGAAUAUUACCAGCGAACUUUCCAAACAGCCGCGGUGUAACACAGUUGGGCAGGUCACGAAGCGAACGCGACAAGUUUGAGACCGCUGCAGAAUAUUAUGUAGACAUUAUACUGAAUCCAGUACCAUUACAAAAAAUUACAGCUUUGUUACCGAAAGAUACGAUACUCGUCGACAUAGUACCACACAAUACUUUUCAGCCACUCAUAUCAAACUUGGAGUCAGUGAUAACGUUGAUUUCACUCUAUAAACGCGGCCAGAAGCAUACUAUGCAAAACUUUUUAGAAGGAAUCGGAGAUCUUUAUAAUGUAGGACUUCAGCCACAGAUUGCAAGUUUGUAUCCGCCAGUGCAAUUUCCUGUUAGUCGGGGAACACCAAUGAUAUCUCCUCUCAUUAGAUGGAAUCACUCUGAGGACUAUUACUUCUACCAUUAUACAGGUGAAAGUAAAAUUUUCAGCAGAGAAAGAAUCGUCACUAUUACAACCGCUGAUGCAGAUUUUGAAUAUAUGUCUGACCAUAUAAUCGAUGGAAGAAAUUUGUUACCAGCUAUGGGUUACCUUUACGAAAUUUGGCAUACUAUUGGUUUGUUGAGCGGCAUUGAUCACAGAAACAUACCUAUUGUAUUUGAAAAUGUUAAAUUCAUACGCGCUACUCACUUAUCACGACAAGACAAGCUGGACUUAACUAUUAUGAUCCAAGAAGGCGAUAAUAAUUUCGAGAUUAUAGAGGGAGAGAAUGUAAUCGUCAGUGGAGUCGUGAGGGUGCCUGACGAUAUCGUGAAAGAGAAAAUAUCCGUUCAGUUUCUAUCGAAAAACGAAGAUGAUGAAGAAUGCAUGAAUGCUGCAGAUAUUUACAAGGAACUACGACUCCGUGGCUACCAGUAUAAUGGUCUAUUUCGUUCAUUAAAAAGCUCCUCAAUUAAUGGAAGUACAGGGCAUAUCACGUGGGCAACAAAUUGGGUAGCAUUUAUGGACAAUAUGCUGCAAAUAAAACUCUUAUCGGUUGACUCGAGAAAUCUUUACGUACCGACUCAAAUUCGUAAAUUGGUAAUCGACCCUGCACAUCAUAUGACGCAAUUUCAUAACCUCUCUAUUGAAGAAAGAAAUGUACCCGUACGUGUCUAUGAUUCUUUCGACGCCAUUAUAUCCGGAGGAAUUGAAAUUUGUGGGCUGAAGUCCAUGGUCAUAUCCCGCCGAUCGACGAACGUCGAAUCUGUACACGAAGAAUACAAGUUCAUUGCUCACCGCGAUCAUAACACGAUCUCUUUGAAAGAUGCGGUGCAAAUAUCGAUACACAUCGCGCUUGAAUGUUACAAUUUGAGAAACGUCAAAGUGAUCGAGUUUGUCGAGGACGAUGACAAGAUUCUACUGGAGGAUCUAGUUAUUCCAAUUGUGGACAAAGUUCUGAGCAACUUGCCAUUAGUGCGAUCUAAUCUGACGUUGGCUGCGAUGGAGAACAGAUUCGACUGCUCUUUGUUACCACAAAAUCUAUCGGUCGUACAACCUAACAAAGUGUUAAACGGCGAUACGUUCCUAAUGGUUGUUGGAGUUGGAGUAUUAACGAAAAGUGCACACACAUUACUGUCUAAUAUAAUGGCUGGUGGCUUUCUGUUUACCCGAGAGGACCUCAAUGUCACAUACGACAAUGAGUUGCUCCAACAGUACAAUUUGAAUAUCAUUUUGGAGAAACGCACGGAACGGGAGUUGGUGUUGCUUCUGAGAAAGGCGCAAAGUGCAAUAAUAAAAAGAGAAAUCGUGCAUAUAAACAAUUACGAGUUUUCGUGGAUCGAAAAGCUCAAAUCUUCAUUGGACACGGACGACGAGACGAACUCACGAGUAACACUUGUUGUGGAAGAUGAUCCUGAGUGCGGUGUCAUAGGAUUUGUAAAUUGUUUGCGAAAGGAGCCAGGCGGCGACACAGUUAGAUGCGUCUUCAUUCAGGAUAAGAACGCGCCCAAGUUCUCCUUGCAAGAGCCUUUUUACAUGAAUCAGUUGCGACUAGACUUACCCAUUAAUGUCUUACGUCCCGGCAAAGUUUGGGGCUCUUACAGACACUUGUCAUUAUCGCCGCCGGAACCCAUACCUGUGCAGUGCGGUUACGUCGCUCAAAGGAUCCGAGGUGAUAUGAGCACAAUCCGUUGGGUCGAAGGACGGACAUCUCCCAAACUCAGCCGCGAAAAUAUGAUACAUAAAAUUUACGCGGCACUGAAUUUUAGAGAUAUUAUGAUAGCUACUGGUAAACUGGCGUUGGAAUCCUUCCAAAUGAUUGAACGAGAUAUCGAUUCUUUCUUAGGCUUUGAAUUUGUCGGGUAUGAUGGGUUUGGACAAAGAAUAAUGGCGUUAUGCUCCGAUAGAGGAAUAUCAAAUGUUGCAAUCCAGGACCACGUUAUGUCUUGGGUUAUUCCCGAUGAAUGGACAUUCGAGGAUGCUGCCACAGUUCCGUGUGUUUAUGCCACAAGCUGCUACGCUCUCUACGAGAAAGGAAAAAUGAAAAGAGGAGACAAAGUUCUCAUUCAUUCGGGUACCGGCGGUGUUGGUCAAGCCGCGAUCCACCUCGCGCUGUACGAAAAGUGCGAAGUAUUCACGACAGUCGGAACUUUGAAGAAACGGCAAUUCAUUAGAGAAACUUUUCCUUCGAUCCUUGACGAUCAUAUCGGCAAUUCUCGCGACACAAGUUUCGAACAAAUGAUACUUGAGCAGACACGCGGUCGGGGAGUUGAUAUCGUAUUGAAUUCCUUAGCUGAGGAGAACUUCAGGCGUCUAUUCGCUGCUUGGCAAAAGGCGGUCGAUUCUUGGAAAUAG